GGCCCGUGAACGCGUCCUUGUCCUCGUCCCUGUUCUGGUUUGCCAUCAGCACUCCCUCUAGCUCGCGUCCGAACCUAGUGUUCUCAUUGACUGCAGCGUCCUCCGACAGAACGGCGCACGACCUCGCCCGGUGUCCUUCAAGCGUCAAGCGCGCUAGCGACAUCUUCAACCCAAACCAGUCCCCCACUUACUCACUAUGGACGCUCCCAAGUUCACGAAAAAGCGCAAGCUCACGAGCAAGUCCCUCCCUGCCAGUCUCGCGCAGACGCCCGAAUUUGCGGAGGAGUCGCAGAUGUACACUUCCCUCCUCGAGACCGAACGGCGGCUCGACUGGACAUUAUCGCGAAAGAAGGCCGAGGUGCAGGACGCGUUGACGAGGGUGGUUGGGACCACCCGGACCCUGCGCAUCUUCCUCUCGCAUACCGUCAGCGGGCAGCCGUGGCAGACCGGCGGCGUCCCACCCGAGAACACAAACUUCGAGACCGGCGAAGGCAUUCCUGCGUGGUCGUUCCGGAUCGAGGGCAGGUUGUUGGAGCCGCCCAACGCGCGAACGAAGGACAAGGCGGCCACGACGCGCAAGUUCAGCACCUUGAUCAAGCGCAUGGUCGUCGAGCUGGACCGCGACCCGAGCACGUAUGCGGAUGGGAAUGUGGUGGAGUGGCCCAAAACGCCCGGCGGCGCCAACCCGCAGCUGGAUGGUUUCACAAUCCGCCGCACAGGCGACACGCCGGUCGACAUCCGCGUCGUGCUCUACCUCGAGCACCAGCCGGAGCAGUUCAAGGUGGAUGAGCAUUUAGCAAACAUCAUCGGCAUCAAGCAAGAGAGUCGCCAGGGCGUCAUCCAGGCGCUAUGGAACUACGUCAAAAUCAACGGGCUGCAGGACAAGGUCGACCGGACGAUGAUUCACCUCGACGGGCCCUUGAAGCAGCUCGCCGGCCGCGCCGACAUCCAGUUCCAGAUGCUCCCCGCGCUAGCGAACAAGUUCCUCCGGUCGCCCGACCCGAUACUGCUGCGCUACACCCUCGAUCCGAGCACCUUCCCCCCUGACAAGCCCCUGGCGUUCGACGUGGAGCUGAAGAUGGAGGACACAGCGAUGAAGGGGCGGAUGCAGGCGGUGGUCGCGCCGAGCAAGGAGCAUCUGGCGGCGCUGGGGAAGUUGGAGGAGGAGAUCGCACUGCACGUCCAAUCCCUGCACAACGCGCACCUCAAGCGGUCGUUCCUCUCCUCUUUCGCGGACGACCCGGCGACGUUCAUCCAACAGUGGUUGGAGAGCCAGAGUCGGGAUCUGGAGAACAUACUCGGGAGCGGGCCGUCGAUGGGGAAGACGCUAAGGGCGGAGGAGCUACGGAGGGCGGAGUUCUUCAGGCUGCCGUGGGUCGGGGAGCUGGGGAAGCUGCGCCAGUGGGCCGGCGAGGUGAUCGCGUCGCGAGAGAAGACGACCGUGUCGGACGAGUUGCAGGAGCUCGAGCAGGAUAUCGAGCUCCGGCGGGCGGGGGCAAAGAGACUCGUCUACGCCGCGGAGGGCUUCGCGCACUUUCUUGCAAAGAAGAAGGCGAACGAGGCGAUCGACAGCGGGGAGAAGCUGCUGCCGAUCGACACGCUGGGCGUCGCGCAGAUCACGCACGGGGAGGAGUUCGAGUCGGAGUAUGGCGAAGCGCUCACCAAGCUCGGCCGCGCGCACUGCAAGAUCGCGACGCUGCAGGAGACGUUCGCGCUGCAGUUCGAAGACACGUACCUCGCGUCGCUGAAGUCGCUGCUCGACGACAUACGCGAGUAUGACGUGCAGCGGAAGAAGCUCGAGAGUCGAAGGUUGAGCUAUGAUGCGGCGCAUGCGAAGGUGGAGAAACUGAGGGGCGCGGGCUCGAAGAAGGACAAGGAGAGGAAGGAGGCGGAGGAGGAGCUGGAGAGAGCGCAGUUUCGAUUUGAAGAAGCGGAGGAAGACUUGCGCGCGCAUAUACAUCAGAUCCAGGAGUCGGAGGCUUCGUUGUUGCGUGAAGUGACGGUGUCGCUCGACUCGGAGAUCAAGUACGUGAAGAAUUGGCUAGAGAUCCUGGAGGAAACGAGGGAAGACUGGCCCGAGACCAAGAGCAUCCUUGCCACGAACAAUGCCCCAACAAGAAAGCUGUCCACCUCACGCGCAACUCACAACCGGCAAGCCUCCAGCCUAUCGCGUGCCACUGCGAGUGCCCUGUCUCGUUCAACUUCCUCUAAGCGCUCGGAUCGCCCUCCAACGCCGGACUCCUCGGAUGAAGAGGAUUCCAAGGACAGCAAAGCUCGUUCUCGUGCAACAUCACUAUCUCACAGUCGCUCCGGAUCGCGCGCCGACGCUCGCCCUCCCUCUCGUCCCCCUUCGCGCCCCGGAUCUUCGCUAGCCAGAAAACGCGCGGAUAGCAACGUUACCGCUGGUGGCAAGGAGGACCGCGAAAAGGAUAAGGACAAAGAGAAGGAAAAAGACAAGGAGAAGGAGAAGUCCCGCAAGAUGAGCGUGUCCAACUGGGCCGCCUCCCUCGGCCGGAGCAAGAAGAAGCCCGAGGAGCCGGAGGAGAAGGAGCCUGUCAUGGCGCGCGACGAGCGCAAGAAGUUCGCCUCGCUCGAGGACGUCGCGCACGACAGCGACUCCGCGGCCGCCAACACUUCCACGUCCUCCUCGCGCGUCGGCCUCCCGAUCAUCGGGCGCAAGCAGUCGAACAAGAGCAUGAAGAGCAAGUCGCCGGCGGCGUCGCCGAAGCCGCCAGCGCGUAUUCUGAAGGCGCCGAGCCAGCGCGGGAUGAAGCGCGCACGGGCGCUGUACGACUUUAGCGGCGCGGCGGACGAGCUGUCCUUCCGCGCGGGCGACGAAAUCGCGGUGGUGAGCGAGGUGCUGGACGAGUGGUGGAUGGGCGAGCUGGACGGGCGCAAGGGGCUGUUCCCGUCGAGCUAUGUGGAGGUGCUGGAUCGGCAUGCGGGGGCAGGGAAGGGCGGAGCUGCGGAGAGCGAUGGGAGCCGCGCGUCGUCGCCCGUGGAGAGCGACUUUGAUGACGAUCUCAACGCGCGGCCGAUGCAGCAUAACGACGCGGGGAUAUCGAGCAGUCCGUUCUUUAGCGUCGGCGCGAGCAAGCGAGAGUCCUUUGCCCCCAGUAUCACGAGCAGUGCGGAUGGGGACGAGGGCAGGGGCUUGCUAGGCGCGCGGGAUGAUGACGACGAGUAUGGGAGCUCGACGCAGGGGCAUGGUUCUCACUCGAAUCAUGGCCACAAUUCGAGCUCAGGAUCCCUGGUCCGUGGCAUGUUGAACGCGGCGCCGGCUAUCACGCGCAGAGCGACCACCGGGGAGGCGAGCAAGCGCGCGCCUCCACCUCCGCCCCCACGUAGAACGACUGGUGGCAGCGGCAGCUUGAGCAUCCCGCCGAUUCCUCCGCGUCGCCCGCCAUCGUCGCGCAGCCAGAGUUCGGCAAGCUCCAGUUCGCUGGCGUUGGGACUGAAGCCACAGCAGAGCGGCCACGACUACGACGUCUCGCCUUUCGAGAGCGCGUAUGACCUGGACGCCAUCACGCCAGGCAAGACAGGAUGCGACCAGUUUAAGCAAAACCCCUUCAAGCCACAGGGGUUCUGCAAUAACUGCUUCCAAUUCCACACAUAGACGUGGCUUUUGUCGAGGAAAGCCCUGCACGUCAGUGCUUUGCUGGGAUAUACUUUUCUCGAUGCUUUUGGUUGUUAGAAACGGACACUUACACACGAUAGACUAUCCCGAUAGGACUUUACAUAUGAUACUACUGCCUAUCCGAGCUGGACUCCUUACAGCCGCGUGCAGGCUGAGCGAACGAAUGCUAAGGCGUCAGCUGUUUUAACACCGAGAGUCUGUUGAG